ACCCUGUGUGCGUGCUGGGCUCCGGCUGUCGGACAUUGGCUGCUGUCAACUCCUUGAGGUAUCUUAUUGGACACUCACUGUAUCUGUUCUGCUGUUUUUAUACAGUUGGCUGUUCAAAACAUGACGGGGGGAUGGCGCUAAACUUGAAUAAGAAGAAGAGGGGCAGGGGGACAGACUAAAUGCCCUAGUUUUGGGGUUUUUUGUUUUAUUCUAUACGGUGGCCGAGAACCGCCACUGCUACAAAUUAAAAAAAUGCAAAAAAAGAACACUGCUGCUGCUGCUGCUGCAAAAAAAGAAGGCCACCAAUGCAUAUAAAAAAGAAUAGGGGAAAAAAAGAAUGCUACUUCUGCAAAUUAAAAAAGAACGCCACAACUGCAAAUAAUAAAGAAUACAAAAAAAAAAAAAAAGCGCCACUGCUGCUGCAAAAAAAAAAAGAAUGCAAAAAAUUGAAGUUCCUGAUGGAAAAAAAAAAAAAACGCAAACCCACUGUAAAUAAAAAAAGAAAUGGUGCAGAUAUAAAAAAAAAAGAAAAACACACAACGGAGGUUAAUGAUGCAAAAAAAAGUGGUGAUGCAAAAAAAAACAAAAAAACAUUCUUAUUGUGAAAAUAAAAGGAUGCAAAUAAAAAAGAAUGCCACUGCUGAAAAUAAAAAAGAAUGUAAGAGAAAGAAUGGGAAAAAAAACCCGCAACAGAUGUUAAUGAUGCAAUAAAAAGGGUUGAUGCAAAACAAAAAAAAAAGUUACCCCCUGCGAAAAUAAAAGGAUGCAAAUAAAAAAAAAAAACGGUGCAGAUAACAAAUAAAAAAAAAAACACAACAGAAGUUAAUUACGAUGGAGUAUUAGAGCCACAUUAAGGAAAAAAAUAAAAAUUUGAGAUCAAAGUCAUUACUAACAAAAAUAAAGUCGUAAUACAAUCAUUACUUGCGAGAAUAAAGUUGUAGUAAAAUUAUAACUCACAAAAAUAAAGUUGUAAUAAAAUAAUUAUUUACCAGAAUAAAGUCGCAAAUAAAAGAAGCCACAGUGGAAGUGAGCUGCCAGGGACCAAUAAUGAUAAUGCACCGGUGUAAAGACGAGCAAAGAAGUUAGUGGAAAGGUUAUUGUUUAAUUUCGCUUCGUAAACUUUUCAAUGUGUCAUUUGGUUAGGACAUGUAGCACCUGAUUCGAUAGUUGAACUGAAGCUAACACUACCCGGGCAUCCACCAGUUCAACUUCUGAUUUAUUAGGUUUGGUCUCAAUUAGUGUCAUCACUUCAUUUUAAAGAGAGGGUGCGAGUCUUACAGGGUUAGCAGAGGAGGAAUAGUAAGUAAACGUAAGGAAAACAAACACAAGAGUCAUUGUCCCGCCGUUUAACAAGUAAAACUCCAAUGUGUACUGAUGAAUAAUUGUUUUGUUUCGAUGAAAUACAAAGUUUAUGCAUCCUCACCUUGGCAGAAUUAAAAAAACAAAGACUCAUUUAAGCCCUGGUGAGGAGAAUUUACCUCUCAAUGAGCUGAAAUGCAAACAUGGCCAUGAGCAAAAAACCUACAAUUUCUGUUUAGUCAUUUUAAAGGACUGUAAUGACUGCGAGGAAAGAUGUCAGCAGAGACACACAGCACAAACAUAAUGGCAGUGAAUCAUCAUUAAUGCCUUUGACUGUUAAAAGAAAGCAGAGCGAGAUCAGUAGCUACAAGCUAAGAGGUAGGACAAAGAACCAAAAACAGAUAGUCCCUCCCAGAGGCUUCAAAGAGGAAACUAGACUUGCGUCACUGGUUUAAAAGACAAUUAUACUACAGGCUAUAGAGAGAUGACUCAUUUCUCCAAGACGUGAAAGCACAAAACAAACAUCAAACAAGGACAUUGUUAGUUAUCUCCAGAAAGCAAGAGAAAUGAGUGAAAAAUUGAAGCUAAAAUAUCAGGAAAACUGUGAAAAUCUAAAUCCGCAUUGGGUUUUCAUUGAAAUACGAAUUGAAAAAUAGUUUGUCCCUAGCUUCACCAAACUGAAAACAUACUAAACAGUGCAUCUCUAUCUGUGCUGAAUUUUUAAUGCGACAGGUCCCCUGCAGAGCAGCACACAGUGGACAUUCAAAUGUUGUAUGUCUCCAUAACCACAGCAUCGAGAAACCUCCUCCUGCUCAGCCCUCUGCUUUACUCUAGAUGGAGUCAACAAAUACCUGGAAGUAAACCGUUAUGAUUUUUAAAGGUUUAAAUGUAGCUGUCGGUUAUUCUGCUGGAGAAGGAAAUGACAGGGAAGCGUAACUAAACAGCGGUCACCAAUGGCAACCAAAGGUAAUCUUAUCUAGGUAUAUAGAUGAUAAUAGAUAAUUGUUUAAACCUACAAAUAUCUGCUGUAAAAUUCAGCAAACAUCUUCUCAUUUCUUAUAUUUACUCAGCAUCUUGUUUACAGGGAUUUCUAAGGCUUUGUUCAUCGUGCUGAGUAAUCAGGCUCUCGGAUAUGCUUUGAGGCAUAUUUUUAGAUUGAAAAAAUCUGCAUUAUUGGACUGUUGCAGAGUCAUAUUCAAUAUAAUUAGUCAGCCCGAAACUUGAGAGGAAAAACAAAAAAGAUCUGAAUAUGCGUAACACAUUUCCAGCUCUUUUGUGAACUAUUCUAAGAACCACAUUAGUGCUUCCUUUUGUUGCCACAGGCUGUUUGGAGCCAAUUUCUGCAGGUUGCUUAUUACUCAUGAAAGCACAAAUACCAGGCAAAAAGAAAUCAGUCUGAAAACACAAGAGAAAAGUCUAUGUCCUCUUUUUGUAGCCUAUGUUGGUACUCAUAACUGUGCCCACAGGGUACCUGCAGACUUAUGGUGCAAACUACAAAUUAAUAAUUCAAACAUUAGCACUAAUUCAGUGAAGCGAUAUUUCUUUUGCAGGGACCAAACAGUGGUGGGAUCCAUAUGAAACGUCUAAUAAAAGACAAUUUGUUUACUGGCCAAAUUCAGCUGCAGAAAUUCGUCUGUAAGUUCAGUUUAUGCAGUUUUUGUUAGUUUUGUUAGUUUCGUACGCAUGUUAGUGUGUGAUUAUGUAUCUUUAUUAAUGCAUAGAUGCAGAAGCCCAACAUCUACCUCAUUUAUAGACUCCUAUUCACAAUCUGGACCUCUUGGUUCAACUGUGUAUGACAAAGAUUUUUGCUGGAAGCCAGCCUGCAAACCUGAAAGCAUCCGCAGUGGGACAGCCUCAGGGCAGAGACGAAACAACCCGCAUCCCAGUCAGGUUGGUGUUUAAGCUGUAUCAGCCUCAAAUUUAGGAUUUAUAGCUGUAUACUUUUCCUGACCUCUCGCUAUGUAUCAUAACCUUUUUGUUUUUCUUUCAGUCAUUCAUGAUUUGGAGGCUGCCCAGGGAGGCUGCAGGAAGCUCAGACUAUGUCAGCUUCCCUCAGAAAUGCUCCCCAUCUGAAGGAGUGAUCCGUAAGGCCUUGACAGCACAGUACUGCUCUACUUACAGAUGGGACUUCAUGGGGAUGCCUCAAGGUAGGAAAAGUCGGUCAGCUUAGGCUUGUGUACAGAAAACAUGUCUGGACAGCUGAACUUGUGGUACUCAAGAAUGCAGGCAGCAGAAAUCAAACCAUCGCUGUUAUCCAAAUAUUGUCUCUGCAGCUUAUUCUCCUGUUAUUGUGGAACUUGUUCGACAGGUUGUGAUAAUACAAAAACUGUGGGAGGAAGACUCGCACCUCUGUACGGCAGACGUGAAGUGCGUUUCUCUCCUAACACAGAGAUGAGGGAUAAUUACUGCAAGCCCAAACAAAAACCAGAACUGCUUCACAACACAAACUCAUAUGUGGCUUGUCGUGGAAUAGGUAACGUACCCUGAAGAAACAUAUCAGCUAGCGGCACAUUCACAUUCACAGUCACAUAGGAGGGACUUUCCCAGUAUGCUCAAAUACUAUGAUUAUAUCCAACUAAUGGUUAUAUGUUGUCCUCUGUUUUGCAGUUCCUACUGUUGUGCAGAGGCACGUCCAAACGCAGCGAAAAAGACACGAUUUAACAAACUACGGCAGGUUUUUCGGAAACAAAGUAGCUGAUGUCUCAGGUGUGCUAAAGUCUCUGCUGCCUCAUGAGCUGCAGCAGUUAAACAAAGUCCUACCUGAGGAAGGUGCGUACCAUAUUAUGACUCUAAGUGUUUGAGCAUUUCAUUAGUUACAGACUUGUAAUUUGUGCUUCAUGUCUUUUGCUUUUGCAGAAAAGGGAGCAGUGAGAAUAGCUUUGAGGGAAAAUAAUCACCCAAUCAGUGGAGAGAGAGGAAGCGAACUUCCUGCUGUUGUGUGUAAUCCCUACAGACCACACUAAACCUCAGUGCUCAUAUUAGCAGGUCUUUAAUUUAUGUUUGUACUCUGUGUUUUUUUUUUUAAAUGUUAUUAAGGGGUAAAAACACACAUUAAUCCAGUAUAUACAGUAUAUCCCAUCAGUAUCUUGAAUGGAUUUGUCUUCAGUUUUCUUAGGGGAAAUUAAACAUUUCUGAUGAUGAUAUUUGCUUUG